AAAAUAUUUGUUGAAUAUCAUAUUUAUUUACUUUGUUUAAGGCAAAUGGAAGUCCACCAAGCUCCAUGCAUGCCCCAUCUCAUUAUCAUUAAUUAACAAUAUUAGCGGAUUAUUGUAUGAGAUAAAUCAGAUUAGAGAUCCUGUGGACAGUCUCUAAUCCUUUGAACUGUUUGUAAGAAGAACCCAGUUAAUGUACGAUGGAGAUCUAAUUGUCGGUGGGCCAGGAGUGCCACCUUAAGCUCCUCCAAGCUAAUCUGCAUUAGCAUAUAAAAAUAUAUAAAUGUGUGCAUAGAUAACUGAGACAACUGUUGCUGGUGAUAUAUAUAUAAAAUUCUUGAUUGCAUGUGAUUCAACUAUAAGCUGUUCUCUUGAUAAUUGUCUACAGCAAUUUAAGUUCCUUGUGAUCCUCAAACAAUUAUUAAAAUAUAUUAUAUAUUUGUGUCCAAUUUUUUUUAUAUAGCUUGCAUUGCUGGACCUGUCUGGGGCAUCUCUUUCACAAAACUUGAAUGGGAUUGGCUAAGGUACUGGGAUUUGUUUGGCAUGCCUCAAACCCCAGAUGCAACAACACUUUGGUUUUUGUGUUUGUGUGAGAGAAAGAAAGAAUCUUAAAUUCUUCUCUAAUUUUUUAUUUUAUUCUCUCUUCUGCAGUAUAUACUGAUGAAGAAUGUGAAGGGAAGUUAUAUUUCCUCUCUCUCUCAAACAAACAAAGGCUUAGCUCCUACCCGCUGAGAGGUUCUUGGUGCAACAACAACAUCAACAGGAAACUACUGUUGGCUUUUUCUUUCUUGGAAGAAGUCUUGUUUUCAAGUUUUGAUUCUUCUCUCCAUUUUCAUAACAUCAUAAGCUUGCAGCUUCUCAGCCCUUGAAACUCUUACAGAUACAAUUAUGAAUAGAAGAUGCAUUUCUUAGCACAACUUUGAAAGAAAGGAUUAAUUUUUCACAAACCCUUUUGCAAACUCAUCAAAAAGAAAUCAAUGGAGAAUUUUCUUAAGCCCUAUGACAAGGAAUACAUGAGAAUGGCCAUGUUAAAACAUGAAGAAACAUUCAAAGAGCAGGUGCAUGAACUUCAUCGGCUGUAUCGAAUCCAGAAGAUACUGAUGAGGAACAUUGGUAAUAACAGGAGUAAUACUCAGUGUCAUCAAGAGUCGUUCAACUUCAAGAAUAGGAUUAGUCAUGCUCAUCGAGAGAUGCAACAGAAGCCCAAAAUGAAACUAGACUUGCAAAGGCCAGCGGAAGAUUAUGCUGCAGAAUCACCAAGCAGGGAUAGAGCAUUAGAGCUUAUAGAUGAGAGCGAGAUUGAGCUGACUCUAGGCCCUUCGAGCUACUAUAAUCAAAGGAGGAAGAAACCUGAGACGCCACUAACAUCUGAUUCUGGACCAACGUUUUCUUCAUCCUCCACAGCAUCCAGCCAUAUAAACAGGACAAGUUCCUUGAGCCACCAGGUGAAAAGAGAAGAAUCAGGUGACCGUGAACUGGGUCUCGUUCAGGUUCAUGACAUGAAGGCAUUGGGUGGUUACCACAGUGAAAAUAGAACAAGUGUUGAUGAAGAAUUAAGACAGGAGAGAUUGAAACAGCCUCCUUGGCUUUUUCAAGUUUUGAGUCUGAACAUGACUUGAAAAAUCUUCUAAAAUCUACAUAUAAUUAGACGCUAAUUCUGUCAUUUAUGCUCGUAUGGAUUUUUUCCUGUUUAGUCUCCUGCCUGAUGGGUGUCCUGUGUAGAGAUGACUUGUUAUUUUCUUGACUUGCAAAACGCAUUAUUGAAAUCUAAAGAUGACUAUUCUUAGA